AUGUCUCCUUCCGCUGCUUUAUCAAAAAUUCCACACUCAACUGAUUUAACGUCCAAGCAAUUAUCAGAGGUGCAAAAAUGGCGUGAAGAAAUUCCAAAUGGAACGACUUGGUCUUUAUUCACAACAAAUCACGUCAUUUACUUCCUCGCUCUGUACCUCAUGUCGAAAACAUGCGAACGCAUAAUAAGAAGAUACAUUAAUCCGAAUCUCUCUUUGUAUCAUGUGAAAAACUGUACAACUUAUGUCCUGGAAAUUAUCUGGACGACUAUUGCAUUAGGAUUGCAGUUAUCAUGUUAUCGAUUGAUGACACGUGAUUUUAAUUACCGUGAUUACCAAGUUGCACAAAUCAUUGGAGUUAUUCUUAUCGACUUAUAUAUUUUCGAAUUACUUUAUCGGCCUGUGAUGCGCAUUCCUUUAGUCAUGCAUCAUUUUACUACCAUCUUUCUCGUCAUUUAUGGUUCUUUUAUCGUGACAAACUGUGAAAACAUCGAUCUCUACGCACAAGCAUUGAUUCUCUUGUUCCAAGCGAGUACCGAACAAUCGACAUUUAUCGGAUUGCUUUUCUACCGAGUUUUGCGAUCGUGGUCAUCUUGGGUGCUAUUUUUCUCGGUUUUCCAAGUAUUUGCCGUUAAAUUCGGGGCGCUCAUUUGGUGCUACGUAUAUUGGGGCAAGUCAAGAACUUACGUGCUUCCAAACAAAGACCAUGAGCCUCUAAUUACCGGGUUCAAUGUGGUCUAUCCAGCUGGCGGACUAGUACUCUUUGGCACUCAAAUAUGGUCCACCUAUGUCGUUUGGAAGAUCGCAUCACGCUCGCGUCGCGAUCAACGCGAAUUAAUAAGAGCGCCGGAGAUAAAGUUGGAAGGAAGCUUCGAAAGUGAUUCUACGAAAAAUCAGUCGAUUUCCAAUUUUGAAAUGGAACAAACUAACAUGGUUUAG